AUGUAUGGAAUUUAGCAUUGAACAUUGUACAUUGAUUUUUAAUUAGAAAUAAUUGUAUGAUCCAAUGUUUCAGUCCAGCCUCAUCGAAGCACUCACAAGGAAAAAAGAAUUCGUUUACAUAGAAGACAGUGGUCUCAGAAGAAUCUUACGUUUCCAUGAUCUGGUCUUCCUCGGCCUUGGUUCCAUGCUGGGUAUGGGGGUCUACAUCAUGGCAGGAGAACUAGCGACCAAGGUUGGCCCGGCGAUGAUACUGUCUUUCCUUUUCGCAGGUGUGGCCUGCACCCUCGCAGCACUCUGUUACGCUGAAUUUGCUGGGCGAACGCCAGGGACUGGUUCAGCUUAUGCCUAUUGCUAUAUAACAGUUGGCGAGUUCGUUGCGUUCAUACUAGGAUGGAACUUAUGUCUUGAAUUUGUUAUAGGUACAGCAUGCCUUGCUCGUGGAAUGAGUGCUUACAUCGAUUCCAUGUUUGGCGGAAGUAUUGCCAACUGGGAAAAAGAACAUUUUGGAAUGGACGUUAAAUUCUUAUCAAGUUAUCCAGACUUUUUAUCUUUUGUUAUUAUGAUCGUUUUUUCAGCUAUUGUAAGCAUCGGUGUCAAAGAAUCUACAAUGAUUAAUAAUACGUUUGUCGUAAUUAACAUGGUAACAAUUAUUAUGUUGGUCAUCACAGGAAUAGUUCAUGUUAAUUUAAGCAACUGGUCACUUGAUGGAACAGAGAGUCCUUUUGCUGGCAAUGGAGGCUUUAUGCCUUUUGGCUUUUCCAGUGUCAUGGAAGGGGCUGCCACUUGUUUUUAUGCUUAUACCGGUUUUGACACCGUGGCGACAACAGGUAUAUAUGCUUGUACUAAUCAACAUAUUUAAUUGAUUAAAUAAACAAAUCAUGGUGGUAAUAACAGAUACCGAUUUAUACAGUUGUAUAUAGUUAUCAUCAAAUUGAAUAAAGAUGUAUGCAGCAGUUAUUAUUCUAAAGAGAACGUCUCUUUUACACUGGUCUUUAACUGUACUAUGUACUCGCGUGAUUUAAAACUUAAUGUUACAAUUAGGAUGACAUAUCUGAUGAAGAAAAAUCCGAAAAUGAACAUGUUAAUUUAUACAGGUCUUGCUUAAAUUAAACAAGUCAAUGCAGAAUUGAUAACCAUUUCUUUGACCAAUGUCAGUAAUUAACAGAAUAACAAAAACUCCUGUUAACGCUACCAUUGCUACUGGAUUGCUGACAGCAUUUCUGUCCGUGAUCUUCAGCACAGAACAGUUAAUAGACAUGACAUCGCUUGGAACAUUAAUGGCUUAUACAAUGGUUGCAAUUUGUGUCCUUCUUCUCAGGUAUGAGGAUAAGGAUAUGGAAACUGUAUAUUUAUUGAAGAUGAAACAAGAAUAUAACUCCUCUUUGAGAAAAAUAUUUAAUACACCUAUUACCUACAAAGAGCCUAAUGAGCUGACAAGCAUGACUGUCAAAUGUGCAACCUAUACAGUUGUGUUGGUGUCAGCACUACUGGGAUCAAUAUUUGCUUUUGGAAUUGACAAACUUAUGGCUUCAGAACCUAUGAUUCUCCUCUGUACCGCCGCAUUGGCACUAAUGAUGAUCAUUGCCCUAGCUGUGAUUGCAAGGCAACCAAAAUCAAAAGCUGAAUUAAAAUUUAAGGUGAAGCCUGUUCCUUAUUUACCUGCAUUGUCCAUGUUUAUUAAUAUAUAUUUAAUGCUAAAACUGAAUGUGAUGACUUGGAUUCGUUUUGGAGUCUGGCUGAUAUUAGGCUUGCUAGUAUAUUUUAUAUAUGGAAUGCACCACAGUAAAGAAAGGAAAAAUCAUGAGGGUAUACCCCAGCGUGAGGCCAAGAAAUCAUAA